UUGGCAGGAAGCAUGCGAUUGGCUGACCAGGCUCAGCCUAGCAGGCCUUAUCGCCAGCUGGUUAUUAUUUGAUGAAAGAGCCUUCCUCCUGCCUUGGUGUUUCAAAACCGUGCUGAGAGUCUUUGUGGUUGUCGGUGUGCUGUCUCUGAGGUUCCUGCAGAGCACCUCGAGUCCUAUAUCUCCUGGCCUACAAACAAGCACACAGAAGAGCUUCUUACUCAGCCACAGCCUGGCACUGUCUUCUCCAGAAUCUUGAUCAGCUAUGCUAAUCCACUGAUUGGGAAUAAUUCCCCCAACGCCAGCCAGUCAAGGAUACAGGCAGCAGCGUACUCCUGUUGUGUGGACGUUCUGCGCCGAAGCUAAUACCUGAGUGCUGAAUUUUUAUUUAGUAGUACAGAAGAACUCUUAUCACAGGUGGAAUUUUUUGUAGCACAUGAUUUGGGAGUUCCAUCUUGUGACAUGGAUGAAUCUGGAUUGACGGUUAGCACAAUAGAUGUUUCUUGUCUGCCAAAUUCAUCAGAAUACAGUCUUGGUCGAUGUAAACACACAAGUGAAGAAUGGGUUGAGUGUGGCUUUAGACCUACCUUCUUCAGGUCUGCAACAUUAAAAUGGAAAGAAAGCCUCAUGAGCCGGAAGAGGCCGUUUGUUGGACGAUGUUGUUCCUCCUGCACCCCCCAGAGCUGGGAAAAAUUUUUCAACCCCAGUAUCCCAUCUUUGGGUUUGCGGAAUGUUAUUUAUAUCAAUGAAACUCACACAAGGCACCGAGGAUGGCUUGCAAGACGUCUUUCUUAUGUACUUUUUAUUCAAGAGCGGGAUGUCCAUAAGGGCAUGUUUGCCACCAAUGUGGCGGAAAACGUGCUGAACAGCAGCAGAGUACAAGAGGCAAUUGCUGAAGUGGCUGCCGAAUUGAACCCCGAUGGUUCUGCCCAGCAGCAGUCCAAAGCUGUCCAAAAAGUGAAAAAGAAAGCCAAAAAGAUUCUUCAAGAAAUGGUUGCCACUGUCUCUCCGGGGAUGAUCAGACUGACUGGAUGGGUGCUGCUAAAACUGUUCAACAGCUUCUUCUGGAACAUUCAGAUUCACAAAGGUCAACUUGAGAUGGUUAAAGCUGCAACUGAGACGAAUUUGCCCCUUAUAUUUCUACCAGUCCAUAGAUCUCAUAUUGACUACCUGCUGCUCACUUUCAUUCUCUUCUGCCAUAACAUCAAAGCGCCAUACAUCGCUUCAGGCAAUAAUCUCAACAUCCCAAUCUUCAGUACCUUGAUUCAUAAGCUUGGGGGUUUCUUCAUACGACGGAGACUAGACGAAACACCAGAUGGGCGGAAAGAUACUCUCUAUAGAGCUUUGCUCCAUGGGCACAUAGUUGAACUACUUCGGCAACAGCAGUUCUUGGAGAUUUUCCUGGAAGGCACUCGCUCCAGGAGUGGGAAGACCUCCUGUGCUCGUGCAGGACUUUUGUCAGUGGUGGUGGAUACGCUGUCUACCAAUACUAUCCCGGACAUCUUGAUAAUCCCUGUUGGAAUCUCCUAUGAUCGGAUAAUCGAAGGUCACUACAAUGGUGAACAGCUGGGCAAACCUAAGAAGAAUGAGAGUCUUUGGAGUGUAGCAAGAGGUGUUAUUCGAAUGUUACGGAAAAACUAUGGCUACGUCAGGGUGGAUUUUGCACAACCAUUUUCCUUAAAGGAAUAUUUAGAAAGUCAAAGUCAGAAACCCGUGUCUGCUCCCCUUACUCUGGAGCAAGCAUUGUUGCCAGCUAUACUUCCUUCAAGACCUAAUGAUGCUGCUGCUGAAGGUACAGACAUGUCCAAUAACGAGUCCCGAAAUGCAGCCGAUGAGUCCUUCCGAAGAAGGUUGAUUGCAAAUCUGGCUGAGCACAUUCUGUUCACUGCGAGCAAGUCCUGCGCCGUCAUGUCCACCCACCUCGUGGCCUGCCUGCUGCUCUACCGACACAGGCAGGGAAUCGAUCUCUCCACAUUGGUAGAAGACUUCUUUGUGAUGAAGGAAGAAGUUUUGGCUCGUGAUUUUGAUCUGGGGUUCUCAGGAAACUCAGAAGAUGUUGUCAUGCAUGCUAUACAGCUGCUGGGAAAUUGUGUCACCAUCACACACACCAGCAGGAAUGACGAGUUUUUUAUUACUCCCAGCACAACUGUCCCAUCAGUCUUUGAACUCAACUUCUACAGCAAUGGGGUACUUCACGUCUUUAUCAUGGAGGCCAUCAUAGCCUGCAGCCUGUACGCAGUUGUGAGUAAGAGGGGCUCUGGAGGUCCCGCUGGCGCCUCUGGUGGCAUGGUGAGCCAGGAGCAGCUGGUGCGGAAGGCUGCCGGCCUGUGCUAUCUGCUCUCCAACGAAGGCACCAUUUCUCUUCCCUGCCAGACUUUUUAUCAAGUUUGCCAUGAAACAGUAGGAAGGUUUAUUCAGUAUGGCAUUCUCACAGUGGCGGAGCAAGAAGAACAGGAAGAUAUCAGUCCUGGUCUUGCAGAGCAGCAGUGGGACAAGAAGCUUCCUGAACCACUGUCUUGGCGAAGUGACGAAGAAGAUGAAGACAGUGAUUUUGGUGAGGAGCAGCGCGAUUGCUACCUGAAGGUGAGCCAGUCCAAGGAGCACCAGCAGUUCAUCGCCUUUCUGCAGCGGCUCCUCGGGCCCUUGCUGGAAGCCUACAGCUCUGCUGCCAUCUUUGCUCACAACUUCAGCGGUCCCAUUCCUGAGCCUGAGUAUCUGCAGAAGCUGCACAAAUACCUGCUGACCAGGACAGAGAGAAAGGUUGCAGUUUAUGCGGAGAGUGCCACGUACUGUCUCGUGAAGAACGCUGUGAAGAUGUUGAAGGAUAUCGGGGUUUUCAAAGAGACCAAGCAAAAGAGAGUACCUAUUUUAGAACUGAGCAGCACCUUCCUACCUCAAUGCAACCGGCAGAAACUGCUAGAAUACAUUCUGAGUUUUGUGGUGCUGUAGGUGACUGUGGCACCUCUGGCAAGUGGAGGCUGGAGACGAGUCCCUCGCAUGCUCACCCUCUGGCCUCAGAGCGGCAGGCAUCACCGCAUGACCAGGCCUGCCCGGGCCCGAGGUGACCUCCGGAAGACAAGUGCCUUCUCCUUCUGGACUGUGUUCUUCCCAGCCCCGAGAGGCAGCGACCUGCGGAUGACACUCGGGAGGCCUUCAGCCUCUGUCUGCAGCCCAUAAUCAAUAGGUUCCUAGAUGAAAUCUCAAUAAAUUAUUUUGAAGUUUAUUAAAGAUUUACAUUUGAAGUGCAACUUUUAAGGACGAAUUGCUGUGAUGGACACAGAAGUUGUAUGUGAGAACUGAAUCUUGGAUAGGAUUCAUAAUGCCAUGGGGUAAUUCAUUGGUUUAUUUUCUGAUUAAUGGUUAAUAUUGCCUUUAAAAGUAAUCAACUCAUCCAUUCACUCUUUCCAUUUUAUCUUGGUCAGUAGUAACUAAAUUCUGAGUGGGAGCCCUGCUCACUUCCAAGUGCUUUGCAGAUGAGUGGGCUGGGAGACAUCGUACCCAGGUAUCACCGUGCCGCACUUCGCAGUCAGAUUUGGAAAGUCUUUUAAGAGCUACAUGAAAACAAAAACUAUGAGUUUAGGUCAGGAAUCGAGCUAUUGUGAUUAAAUAGCCAACACUGGCAGAUAAAUUUGGCUGGCAGAAUUCAAGAUAAAGUUAUCCAAAAAAUUGGCACUGAAAACUGUUGCUUAUUGAAAAAAGUGCCAUGGAGUUUUAAAUGACCAGCAAGUAUUUAAAAAUGCUCCUUCCUGUUUCAUGUCAGUACCCUUCUCACCCCUCGGCAGGGGUUGGGGGGCAGCCACUGCCUCUGUCAGGGACCGCUGUUGCUUAGAAAUCCUGCAACCUAACAGCAGGUGCCCUAGUGGGGUUGGCUAAGUCUGUGGGACUCUAACCAUGUCCAGUACCUGGGCUGUCAUGUCCUGCACACAGGUCGCGCCCUGCACUCGAUGCUGGGUGACAAGAAUGCACUUGAAUUGUGCAGUGAACAGCCUGUGUGACAUGUACAGCGAGCCUACUGCUUCGUGAAUGGUGGAGGCAUUGAUGGAUUUUUAGCUUGGAGAAGAAAUCAUGUUUCUUAAGAAAUAUUUUGUCAUUUGUCUGCGUAAGACCCAGUGCCAUGUAGAGGCAAAUAUAGAAGUUGUCUGCUUUUAAUGGACAGGAGUCUUUUUGUGAGGAGGGAGCAGAAUUGUUAGGUAAUUGUGGUAAUUAUGGUGAUAAUGAUCGUAUAAUCUUAAAAUUUUUUUCUAACAAUUCACAAUCCCUUAUCUCUAAAGUAUCAUGGAACUAGAAAUAAUUUCUGAUGACUGUUGCAUUUAGUAUACAGGUAUUGAGAAUCAGUUUAUACUUUCCAAAGUUUGCAUUUUAAACGGUGAUAAUACCUUGUGACUGAUGUGUAGCUGGGGGAGAGAGGGGCACUGAUGGAUGCUUUAACUCCUAUGAAGUAGUCUUGUUUGAAACUCCUAGCAGUAAUGUGAUCGCCUUCUGCUCUUCUCAAACUGUGUGUAAAAUGCGUUUUCUCUUCAUCUUUGUAGGAACUCCUAAGUCACCGUGAGUCGUAGCCACUGUGAUGUAGAGUGGGUUGAUCACCUUUGAACUUUUCAUCUUAUAAACCAGGGUAGAGGGACAUUUCCUUUGGCUGUUCUUGGGGUUACCCGGGAGCCUUGUUUACUCCCUUGGGUGUUUAACAGGAGACUCAAAUGUUUCACCUGUCUGCCUGUCUACCUGCCUGUCUACCUGCCUGUCUGCUUGUCUGUCUCUGCCUGCUCUUUUCUUCCCUCCCUCCUUCUAGUCCUUCUUUCCUUCCAUCUUUUCUUCUCUCCUUCCCUCCUUCCUUCUUGCCCUCUCUUCUUCUGUCCUCUAAAUUGCACAUCCAGGAUCGCCCAGACUCUCAGCUGGGAAGUCGAAGCCGGGACUGACUCCCAGUGGGCAUCUGCUCUGCCCGUCACUUCUGCAGAGAGCUGCUGCUGUGCCAGCCUGAAAGGGGAAGCUGUGGCUUCUCUUGCUUUACUUUCCCUUUGGGUUCUUUUAAAAAAUUUAGUCAUAUGCUUCGGGGACUGCAAUUUGCUAGCUCUCACCACUCAACUCACUGUGAGGAUAAACACGCAUGCUUUUUGGUAAUUAACUGGUGCUUUGAAACUUUUUUUAAGGAAGAAAAAUCUCAACCAAAGUUAUGCUCAUCCAGACAAGCUGACCUUGAGUUAAUUUUAGCACAACUCAUUCUUCAGUGCCUCAUUACUGGGAAAAGUCAUCGCGGUAAAGCUUCCAGGUAGCACUGUUUCGCUCAUAGGUUAAAUUUUCUUUGUUUUAUGACAGUGGAUGGCUUCCAUGUUGACCAAACUAGGUGCUUGUAAAUAAUUUAUUACAGUUUACUCUUGCAUUUCUGUCCAGCCGAAAUGCAUGCCCUUUAGGGGAAAACUGUGAGUCGAGUUUGAAAAAAAAAAACAAAACCCAAUAAGAAGCAAUAUGAAGCUGUACUGUUUUUUAAAACGAGAAUGUCUGAAGUAAUUCAGAAGAAAAGGUGGACUUUUCUCUUCUAAAAUUCUAAGAAAAACAAAGGCAGAGUGAAGCGUGGAGAACCAGGAACCGAGAAAGCGCUGCGUCUUCCUUCUCAGAUCUGUCAAGUCCUGUGGAAUCCCCAGGCUGAGUAGAGAAAAUGUCCGGAGUGGCCCUGCGUGGAGGCUCCGGCGAAGAGUCCCUGAAGCCCGAGGAGGAAGCAGUUCCCGUAGCGCUGCAGGCAGCGUGAGUGCUCUGUGAGAGGGGCUUUGUCCCAGCCGCUGGGAGCGGAGGCUUGCCGCAGCACCUACAGUCUGCACGGCCUUGGCCUUGGCGGCCAGAAGCUUCGGAGCCAGCAUGGCCCGGACUGCCUUGACCUCAGGACCUUUCUCCCUUUUGGGACACUUCUGUACCUCUCACUAGGAUCCUGUGGGAAAUUUUGGAGAACAUUAUACUAGGUAAGUUCUUUAAGGAGACAAGACGGUAGCUCUAGGUGGCACUGAUGUAGAAUUUGCUUGCAUUUUGCACAAUGAAAUGUCACAUUCAGUGGAUGUAUUUUUUCUCCCCUGGAAAGAAUCAGCACAGAGAAUUGUACACAGGUGGUCCUAGCACUUUCCUUUGGCGGAAAGAUCAGCCGUCACUAACCCUGGCUUUUUUACUGAAUAUAGUAGAAUUAAUAUAAAGAUGAAUUGGGGUAAAUAAUGUUGCUUUCGGAUCUAGAAGAAAACAUUGCAUAAUAGAAUGGAGAUUUUUAUCCUUAGAUCUGGUGUUUAGAAAUGGUAGUACUUAUCAUUGAUGUUUCUAAGACUACGGUACACAAAUCAGUUUUUUAAAACACUUUUUAGGAACCUGAGAGUCACCACCUGGCAUUUUAGUUUAAUAUAAACUGAUGAUUGCUUUGAAAGACUCUCUUGACCUUAUUUCUAGUUAAAGGGCUAAAUGUCUUGAUGGAAGGUGUUAAAAGUUUUGUUGUACAAAGAAAUGUUAGUGUUGUAAAAAGAAUUACUUCAAAAGUAUUGUAAGAUAAUACUGUGUUGAGUUUUGUGAGUGAAAUUUACCUGGAAAUGGUUGAUUUUUAUGCCUGAUACUGUAUUGUGAAAAGCACAGAAAUGUAGUUUUGUUUUAAUAAACCGAAAAAGUAACCUAUUUUGUAUGUCUUGGAUUUGUAGUUAACAGUUUCUCAUGUAAUUCGUCAUUCCAUCUGUUGUUCCUAUUUACUUUUACUUAGGACUUCAUUAAAAUGCUAACAUACAACCUGACCUAAA